CGCCACUGCCGCCGCGCCACCGUGCCGCCGCAUCACCGGGAAACUUGGGGAUACCGCGGCGUCCGCGCGCGCCCCUCCGGCGGCUUCUCCGCUGAGACCCGGUUCCGCGGGAUGCGCCUCAGCCUCGGUAAUUUCGACACCACCAAUGAGGCCGCCCACGCAUACGAUGCGGUGGCGUGGCGCCUUCGGUGGCCUCAUAGAACAUUGAACUUCCCCAACGUGCCGACGCAGGAGCGGGUGCAGGAGCUCGCGCCUCUGUCGCGGUUUAGCACCGAUGAGGAUCGUCGUGACAACCAAAGGCGGGAGCACUGUCUCGGCAUCGCCGAGAUGGACGAGGAAGCCAUGGUGUUGUGGCACCAACACUUCCCACGGGACAUCAUCAAUGCGCGCGAGUUCUACGUGCAAAGGAGGGCGGAGAGGGAUAAGAGGAGGGUGGAGCAAGCUGCCUAUAGCGAAGAGAAGCGUAGGCGAGAAGCGGAUGCUCAAUUCAACAUGAGGCUAGGAGCAGCAUCUCCCUGGGAAUCCAACGACAAUCGGUAUCUUCACGCCUACACUCAGACGUCAGAGGAGGACAUCACUGAGGAGGAGUUGGACAACAAGGAGUAG